AUGUACCCGCUUCAAGCUAUACAUAAUUGCACAGAAAGGAAACGUCGACGCGAAGAUGUCGAUAGCCCAGAUGUACCGCCAGCAAAGCGGCAUCACCACCGACAUCUGACAUCCACACCAUCGAAGCGUAAGGUCCGUCUCUCGACGAAGCUAGCCCUCUCGACUCAGAGACGCUAUUCUCUGAGGGCCACCGCAGAGCGGGCACGAAGGAAUGUCACACAAAAUCUAGCUCAUAUCCCAGUUACACCGGCUCCCCUUCCCCUUCCAACCCCAGUUCCCGUCCCAAUCCUUCCGACAACCCGCAUCCCCAGCAAGCGUCCACGCAACGCUGUGGAAGCCGAUAUCUGUGAAGAGCCACCGGCAAAGCGUCACCACCAGCGACAUCUCACAUCCCCACCACCGAAACGCAAGACUCGUACAUCGACAAGGGCGGCCGUCCCUCCCCAGAGCCGUUAUUCGCUCAGGACCACCGCGGAUCGCGUUCGAAGGAAUACUACGGCAACUUUGGCUCACAAUCCGACUGUCGUACCUCCCAUUCCUGCUCCAACCCCGGCUCACGCCCCAAUCGUCUCUCCGCCUCCUGUUCUCGUCAAACGUCGACGCCUCACUGACGACGACGAUUUCGACGUCGAUGUCCCCGAAGAACCCCAUGCAAAGCGUUAUCGUCUGUCACCGUCACCUUCGAAGCCCACGAGCGAUUCGUCAACUAAGCCAGCCAUUGCCAUUCAGAGCCGUUACUUUCUUAGGAUGACUUCGGAUCGCAUUCGAAGGAUCAUCUCAGCAACCCCUCCUCACAUCCCAUCUGCAUCCCCUCGCAUUCCCGUACAACCCCCCCCUCGCGGAUCAAUGCCUACCCCGGAAUUCUUCACAACUCCUGCCUCAACCGUUGUUGAUACUCCUGUUCCUCCUUCAGCUUGCAGAGCCUCCGAUCACGACCAAGCUCACCGUAUCCCCAUCCAAAGUUCCAAUACCGCCGCAACUCCCCUUCCUCAUCAUCCUUUGGCAGGAAUCCCCACUCGUCCUCCCGUUGAUCUCUCGGUCACCAGCACGACGUUCAAACGCACACAUGUGCCUUGGGAUCAACUUCCCGAACGCGAGCGAACUCGUCUGUUCACGGUAUGGGCCGCUUUGAUUAGUCGGCUAUGGAAGACACGUGUCAUCUUCACGCACCUUGGCUUCGAUACCUAUGCCCGAGCGCUGGGUCUAUCGUCUUGCCACGGGCCCGAUGAUCUCACGACGCUGGCCGUGCUCAGGAAAUACCCAGACCUCGAAGGUAUCUGCGCUGAUUUUCGCAAUAAAUUUAUCCACUUUCAUGAGCUUUGUAACCAUCGUGCCUUCCAUGACGACCUCGACGCCUCUAUUGACGCGGUCUUAGCCGGAUUGGAGCCCCUGUUCAUCUCUUCGGUUGUACUUCAUCAGUCCUCCCACAGGGCACCAACACGCCAUACUCAUUACGAUCUUCUCUCACUGGAGGAGCUUUCCUUUCCCCGCUUCUCUAUACGUAAUCGCAUACGGGACAUAUUCGUAGGGCUAAAACCAUAUCGAAGCCCGAAGCCCGGACCGCAGACUCUGGAGCUCAUGUACGGCGUAAGCAUAUGCUGGGGUCUCUAUUUCUCAUAUUCGCCAAACAAAACAGUAGAAGAAGCUUGCAAGAGUAAUAUGUCACAGGACCUCAUCCUCGCCAUCCAGGAGCUCGGUGCCUCCAUCGACACUGCGACUCCCAGCCCUGAAGCUAUAUCACGCCGCGCCGCCAUCGCCGAGCUCUGUUUCUACACCCUUUACCUCACCCGCAUUGUCGUGCUCUCCCGAUUCUUGGAAUGUCUUCCUCACGACAUACAUGUGCCAUUCGCACGCUCCGAAUGGGCCGUCUUUCAGCGUGACCCCCCUCGUACAUCGGAGGGCGAUGACAUUUUCUCCGUAGUCUAUCGAUAUAUCGCGAAGGCUCGACGCUCCAUUGCAGGCCUCAAGCGGACGGCAGAAACUCGUUUCGAAACUUUAGUUUACAAAAACCAACGUCUAUUCACCAACCAUUGUCCAAUCGCCUUGCAAACUCCAUUCUACCUCGCAGUUGACGAAGUCGACACUCCCGUUGGCCAAACUCCGCUGAGCGGUCGUCGUCCCGCUUGUUCGCGCACCAGUGUCAACGCCCUGUUCUUCGGAUUCGAUACUCCGUGA